AUGAUUUCUUUUGUGGAAUCCCGGAAGCCGGCCGACGAUCAUGAACCUUCGAACCGCCAAUCGCUUCCUCCGGUCCCUGAGGUCAUUCAGGGAACCAAAUCAGGCCCUUAUCCUCCUAGACCUCCGUCUAGCCUUCGGCUGGGGCUCAGUCUUCCAUCGCCUUUCGGUUCCGCUUCUCGAUCGUCCUCCGCGGCUGAGAAGCACUUCUCUCUGCAGCCACGGCACACGGUUUCACCUUUUCCUCCCCGACAGGAUACUCUUCCCGCUUUCUCGCAUACCCCUGGGCCUCCUUUCACCAACCGGCCGCUACCGUCUCCUGUUUCUGACCGCCGCCAGAGGUUCUCAGCUAAGCCAGAGAUCCUUACUCAACACCGCCAUCCUGAACAGCAGAAGCCUCCUGAGCUUCAUCAUCCUCUCAGCGGAGUGUAUGCGCAUUCUCCUCCGCCACUUCCGCCUCCGACUCCAGCUGCCUACCAACCCGGCCAACUAUCUCCUCGCCAGAUGCCUCUGCCCGCUUGUAUGAGCUAUCCCAGGCACGCGAUUCCUCCUCAUGUCCCAGGUCUUUGUGAUCCAAGGGCACCUCCUCACGCUGAAGAGGCCGAUUACGCUACCCGAGCUCUAUAUGAUGCUACGGUCAAGAUAUACUUUGAGAACUGGAGCUAUCAAGAUUCGUUGAGCCGAAUUGGGUCCUCAUCCCGCAUGAUUUUUAACUUUGUCGAAGCGUACAGCCGAACUGCUGAUGAGCAGCACGGAGCUCACCUCAUCCCCGAAAAACUGCCGACGGGACAGGAAGUUAGCGACAUGCUCAGCAACAUUGACAUCAUUAAGCGUUCUCUGGAACAAGUGAGAGACUUGGUGCAAACAUCAAUUCAGAACGAGCGAACUUGUGAAGGAGCCAAGUUGAAGGGCCUCAACGAAGAGGAGCACGACGUGCCUAGUCACAGAGAUGCAAUGAAACCCCAAUAUGGUAUGACGGAGGUCAAGAAGCGACGAAGGGUAAGGCUUGUCACGCGAGGAAAACAAGACAAAGCUCACGUGAACGUUGGCAGCGUGCGGUUCCCCCUGGCGGAUGCCAUAGCUGCGACCGAAUCGACACCCCUGAAUGGCGACGCGGACCUGAUGGAGGGAGGACGUUGUGCAAUGCAUGCGGCCUCCACUAUGCAAAAUUGUUAA